AUGUCGUCCGCCGUCGCGCGGUUCUCCCGCAAGGUAUACAACCCCAUCGGCUUCAAGCGAGGCUACAACUUCUUCCUCUGGUUCAUCACCUGCGGCGCCCUCCUGGGCUUCUCGCUGGCCCGCAUGCCCGUCCUCAACUUCAGCGGCUACUGCGACGCCAUGCAGGCCAACAGCAUCCCCGGCGAGUGCUACUGGUUCCAGCCGGGCAGGAUCGGCCGCGUCGGCAUCAUCCUGCACCUCGGCACCAUCCUGCCCGCCGGCAUCCUCGUCGUCUUGCAGUUCACCCCGUACAUCCGCCACAAGCUCAUCCUCUUGCACCGCAUCAACGGUUACGUCGUCAUCCUCCUCGCCGUCGUCAGCAUGGUCGGCGUCCUCAUGAUGACCCGUCGCACGUUUGGCGGCGGCCUGAGCUUCCAGAUCACCAGUGGCUUGAGCACCCUGAUGUUCCUCUUUUCCAUGCUCAUCGCCUAUAUCAACAUCAAGAGGUUGCAGAUCGAGCAGCAUCGUGCCUGGAUGAUCCGCGCCUGGGUUUAUGCCGGCUUCAUCAUCACCAUGCGCAUCCUGAGCAUGAUUGCCGGCCCCAUCUCCCUCAACGGCGACGACCCGACCUACCAGGUCUCGCAGCCCUGCUACAUCAUCGACUUCAUGAAAGGCGGCAACCGGGACUGGGUACUGAGCCUCUACCCGGCGUGCGCCGACUUCUACUCCGGCGUCGACCCGGAGCUUCACGUCGCCGUCAUGGCCAACUUGGACGGCGAGUCUCUCAGCCAGAUUGCCGCCGGGUUUACCACCGUCUACAGUGGCGUCAGCUGGUUUGCCCUUGCCAUCCAUGCCAUUUUGGCCGAGCUUUAUCUUCAUCUCACUCCCAAGGAGCAUGAGCGUCUCCGAUGCGUCUCGUACCAGCGCCAACUCGAAGCCGGUUUCAAGAACCCCGGAAAUGCAGGCCUUACCGUCCAGCGCCUGGGCGACGCCGACCCCUGGCUGCCUCCGCACGAGCGCCCUGGCGCCGCCUCGAACGAGAAGCCCCAGGAACAGAGCUCGCCGGUUCCUUCUUCCGGUGCUUCGUACCCGGACCGCAUCUGA